AAAAAUAAUCUAAAUCUGCUGUUUCAUUGGUGUUAUAACAGUCUGUACUUUACUCCUUUUCAUUCCUUCUUAAUACGUUGCUUUCCAUUAGUUGAUUAUUUAACCCGUAAUUACAUUUUGAUUUAUUCCAGAUCCAACAAGUAUUUUAGAAUCAUUUUAUUUGUACGUUUACAUCAGCGGACUUCCGGCUCCGUGUGAAGGUCGCGAGCUUGAUGCGACCUCCUCGCGCUUCAGACCGAGUCAGUUGAAAGGUCUCUGCCGGGAGGAGGAGGAGGAGGCAGAAGAAGAAGAAGAAGAAGAAGAGGAGGUCAUUUCCACCGCGGGGGGCUCUGAAGGAAACAAGGCAAUCACCACAAGGCACCCAGUGGGCGUCUCUCUCCGCUCCCGAGCGCCAUGGCGACCAUCGUGAUGGAGAGCAUCGGGCGGGUGUUCAUCAGCCUGCAGCAGAUCCGCGGUCUCCCCCGCAUGCUGACCGAGGCCGCCCCCUCCAUGCCCGGCACCGUGCGCGACGCCGACGUGCCGUACUACUUCAGGGAGCGCUACGUGUGCGGCGGCUACCGGCCGCUCCACCAAAACUGGCGCUACUACUUCCUGUCUCUGUUCCAGCGCCACAACGAGACGGUCAACGUGUGGACCCACCUGCUGGCCUUCCUGGUCAUCCUGGUGAAGCUGCGGCAGCUCGCCGAGAGCGUGGACUUCGCCGGCGACCCCCACUCGUGGCCCCUGCUGAUCCUCGUCGUGUCCUCGCUGACCUACUCGGCGUUCAGCGCGGCGGCCCACCUGCUGGGCGGCAAGUCGGAGCUGUGCCACUACGUCUUCUACUUCCUGGACUACGUCGGGGUGGCGCAGUACCAGUACGGCAGCGCCGUCGUUCACUUCUACUACGCGGUGGACGAGGGCCUGCACGGACACGUGCGCGGGGUCUUCAUGCCGGCCGCCGCCGCCCUCAGCUGCCUGUCGUGCCUGGGAUGCUGCUACGGCAAGUACUGCAACCACAGCCUGCCCCCGUGGGUGCGCAAGCUGUGCCAGGUGGUGCCGUCGGCGAUGGCGUACGCCUGGGACAGCAGCCCCGUGGCCAAAAGGCUGGCGUCGUGGGGCGCGGCCGACGACCCGGCCAUCGCCUUCCACUUCGGCCAGUUCGCCUUCUUCCUCGGCUGCUCCGUCUUCUUCACCUUCCCCCUGCUGGAGCGCUGCUUCCCCGGGCGGUGCAACUUCGUGGGGCAGAGCCACCAGAUGUUCCACGUCUUCCUGUCCUGCUGCACGCUGUGUCAGAUCCACGCGUCCCACCUGGACUACGCGGCCCGCAGGGAGCUGUACUCGCGGCUGCACGGCAGCGGCGAGGCCGGCGCGUUCGCGGGCCUCUACGCGGCCACGCUGGCGGCGUGCGCGCUGAUCGCCGCCGUCAUGCUGGGGAGGGUGAAGCGCGUGCUGGACGCCGACGCCAAGUCCAAGUGACGCGUGAGAUGUCGGAGGAGCGGCGAUGAGCUGCUUCGUUAGAAGGGGAACAAACUGCACUGUUUACUGCUGCUGUCUGGACUUUGGAUGUAGAUCACAGGGAUGCUGGAGUUUGUAUUUUGGUACCGAUUUGUGUUCGAAUUUGUGGAAUCAUUCCCAGUGUCGUGAAUCAGCAAUUUCAAUUUUUUUCUAAAAAAAUAAAUAAAUGAUGAAAUCUUGCGUAUUACAUUUCAGAAUUUGCUCACGUUGUAAUAGUUUUAUAUUUUAUGAGUCGCUGAUAUUGGAUUUGGUUUUUCCUUCCGUUUCCAUAUUUCACCCAAACUAUUGGGCUUGAAUGUGUUUGCUUAUUUUGAAAUCUUAAAGACAAAUAAUAACGUUGCCUUCUCAGUUGAACUUCAGACACUUUAAUGUAGAAACAUUCAAAGAAUUUCCCACUUUACAGUAAAACGUGUUUUACUGCAUUUGGGGCCCGUGUGCCUUUUAGGAGACAAUUGUUUCCCCGUUUUAUGCAAAGUUUGGCCUGAAGUUGCUGCUGAUGGAGUGUUGCCUUGUGAUUGUAACGGUUCCCCUGAAUGCCAACAUGGCAUCAGUUUAUUUAGCUUUAGAAUUUAAGUUUUUAUACGUAUAAUUUUCACUGGCAGAUACAAACUGUUUUCUAACACGUCACCUCUCCUAAUACUUUUAGAUGCACUGACUUUUAACAAAUAUGGAUAUUUUUUUACGAGGGAUCUUGUUCAUAAUGAAGUUAAUAAUGGAUAUGUCUUAUUUUAGACAUGAGUGCACAUGUGUAGACUAAUUUGUAUUGUUUUAUAUUCAGAUCUCAGCAGUGAUUAGUGUCUUUUUAGACCAAAAGGGAAACCGUAACGUAGAGGAUACAUGAUUGUACGAAGGUAUCGUAUGUCUUUGGGAGAUACUAAUAAUUACUACUGACUAGAUGUCGACUCGUGGGAUUUAUCAAACAUCUCUUGAGGACGGAACGUCAGAAAUAAUCUCUUGUUGAGUUUUAUAUGUGUGUGACAUUGAAUGCUGAUGUGACAAUCUCGCCCAUCAAAGGCUCCGGGUGGAGGGGAAUAAUUGGGUGGUGUUAAUCAGGAGCGUUCCCAUAAAGCGUGAUGUGCAUGCAGCACCUUCUCCGUGCAACAUGCUGCUCAUUACCAAGCUGGAUUUUCUAACCGCUAACAGCCAUAAAUUAAAGUCAAAUGUCACUUAUUUGGAGGUUCUUAAAGAAUACAAACCGAAUUCUGUUAGUACAAAGUCCCUUUGUUUUACAUUCCUAUUGGUUCAAACACGCAGACGUCCCGGCUCCUUCUGUCUGCAGCCAACGCGGUUGUUUAAUGUAAUCGGGUGAUAAAGUCUUUGGCGUUCAGACUGUUUAGGGACAUUUGUAGUUGAAGGGCGUCUUCUCCCCCCUUUCUCCCCCCUCCCUCCCCCAAACAUUUACCCAUUCGCCAAGAAGCUUCGGACUCGCUUUGUCGCCCACACGAUUGACUAUUUCCAUAAAUCUGUGUGCCCGACCUGCCGCCACUAACAUCACGAGACGUAACUGUUGAACGUGUCCAAGCAUGUGAAUAAAUGUAACGGGCUUAUU